AUGUCUGGAGGUAAAGACCGUGAGAAAUUCAAGGUCUUCAUGAAAGCUAUGGCGGAUGUGGCCGAACGUGCGUUCGGUAUAGAAUCGAGUAGCGGCACUCGUGCUAACUUGGCUUUGGAGGCUAGUUCCUUGGCUACUUCUUUGUUAAACACGGAGGCGGAGGUUACGGACGCUGAUGAUCCUCAGCACCGUCAAAUUCAGAAGAAAGGACGUACUGCUGCGGUGAAGUAUCGGGUUGUUGAGGUUCUUCAAUGUGAUGAGUUGUCGGAUGCUGAGGUCAGACUUAAUGAAAUCGUUGGCUCUAAGAUGUGUAAGCGUAACUCGUAUGUAAGGAAGAAGACGGUCGAUGUCACUCGAGACUAUCGCUGUGCCUUCAAGGAACGUAGAGGAUACGCUUCGUGUAGUUAUACCGCCCAGAUAUCCUGGUCAUCUCGUGGUAUCUACAAGAUCCUACUCCCAUACUCAGAACACGAGGAACACACGAGACUUGAGACUGCAACCGGCAAUCAGCCCUUCUCACGGAGACCUAUACCCCUUAGUCAAGAAUGCAAGAGAAUAAUCGAUGAUCAUGUCCUUGAUGGUACUCCAGCUUGCCGCACUGAGAGAAAGCUGAUCAAACUGAAGCUCAUCAAGAAGCUUACACCGGCUGUGAAACAACAAAUAUUUAGAAGACGAUACACAGUUAAAAAAGCUAUGCGGGGCGAAGAUCGCGUACAGUCUGGCGACACUCUAUUGGAAAUUGAGGAGUUCUGCUCAUGGCCCAACUAG